AUAUAUAUUUAACAUCCCUAGCAUUCCGCCAUUUUCCUUUGUUGCGCCCGUGUGGUAUUCGUAAAUUCUGUGAUCAAAAACUUAUUAAUUACACAUAGAAAAUGGAGAUGUCUCUAAAUCCCGUGCGCGUUCUCAAGAAUGAGGCGCAGGAGGAGAAGGCCGAAAUGGCACGUCUCUCCUCGUUCAUUGGCGCCAUUGCCAUCGGUGAUCUGGUGAAGAGCACACUGGGACCCAAGGGCAUGGACAAAAUCCUAGUGGCCAAUGGCCGCAAUGCCGGCCGGGUGGAGGUCACCAAUGAUGGUGCUACCAUAUUGCGUGCCGUGGGCGUUGACAAUCCAGCAGCAAAGAUUCUGGUCGACAUGUCGCGUGUGCAAGACGAAGAGGUUGGCGAUGGCACCACCUCGGUCACUGUACUGGCCGCCGAGCUGUUGCGCGAGGCCGAGAAGCUGGUCGAACAGAAGCUCCAUCCACAGAUCAUUGUCUCCGGCUGGCGCAUGGCCACCCAAGUGGCCCUCGAGGCCCUGACUGCCGUUGCCCAGGACAACUCUGCCAACGAUGAGACUUUCAAGGCCGAUCUACUUAACAUUGCACGCACCACACUGUCCUCCAAGAUCCUGCACCAGCACAAGGAGUUCUUUGCGAAUCUCGCCGUUGAGGCUGUCCUACGUCUAAAGGGCUCCGGCGAGCUCAAGUCCAUACAGAUUAUAAAGAAGUCUGGCGGCACAUUGGAUGAUUCGUUCCUGGAUGAUGGUUUCCUGCUGGACAAGAAGCCAGGUGUGCAUCAGCCACAGCGUAUUAAGAAUGCUAAAAUUCUCAUUGCCAAUACGCCCAUGGACACGGACAAGAUCAAGGUGUUUGGUAGCAGCAUUAAGGUCGAUUCAUUGGCCAAAAUCGCCGACCUGGAGAUGGCCGAAAAGGAGAAGAUGAAGGAGAAAGUCAACAAGAUUCUCAAUCACAAAUGCAAUGUGUUUAUCAAUCGUCAGCUGAUCUACAACUAUCCGGAACAGCUCUUUGCCGAUGCCAAGGUGAUGGCCAUCGAGCAUGCCGACUUUGAUGGCAUCGAGCGUCUGGCAUACUGCACUGGCGGUGAGAUUGCCUCCACCUUUGAGAACCCAGCGCUGGUGAAGCUGGGCGAAUGCGAUCUGAUCGAACAGGUUAUGAUCGGCGAGGACACACUGUUGCGUUUCAGUGGCGUUAAGCUGGGCGAGGCCUGCACGAUUGUCAUUCGCGGUGCCACUGAACAGAUUUUGGAUGAGGCCGAUCGUUCGCUGCACGAUGCCCUCUGUGUGCUGGCCGCCACGGUCAAGGAGUCGCGCAUCAUUUAUGGUGGUGGCUGCUCAGAGGCCCUCAUGGCCAAUGCGGUGUUCAAGAAGGCCGCCCUGACGUCCGGCAAGGAAGCCAUUGCCAUUGAGGCCUUUGGACGUGCUCUGCUGUCGCUGCCCACAGCCAUUGCCGACAAUGCUGGCUACGAUUCCGCUCAGCUGGUCUCCGAGCUGCGGGCUGGUCAUGCCCAGGGCAAGAACCAGCUAGGUCUGGACAUGGAUCAGGGCAAGGUGGCCAAUGUACGCGAAUUGGGCAUCACCGAGUCGUUCGCCGUCAAGCGACAGGUGCUCAUGUCUGCCUCGGAGGCUGCCGAAAUGAUACUGCGUGUGGACAACAUCAUCAAGUGUGCGCCACGCCGUCGCGUGCCCGAUCGUGGCUACUGCUAGACUACUCCUAAGUAUUCUCUUGUUCUAGGAUCAUAUGUUUUUUUUUAAAACACCACACCCCGCACCCCACCCCCCAUACCCUCCUCUCGUUUAACAUUUGUACGUUGUACGUGCCUUUUUUUUCGUUUGUUUAUAAACAACGCAAAUAACUUCUUUACACAAGCACGCGCAACAUACCCCUCCAUGCCCCUGCCCCUUCUCUCGCAAAACACGUUUUAUUUUUCAUUUAAACGCACUGCUCCACACCCUUUAAUGAUUGUUAAACAACAAACAAGCAAACAAACAAGAUAAAGCCCAGCUUUCAUAAACAACAGACUCUGGCAUCGUAGGACGAAGGAGAGCGAACAAAUUAAAGCAUUUUAAAAAUGUCUAGAUAACUGCAACAAAACAAACGCCUCGCCACACCACAACACAACACAAACAUGUAAAUGAAUACAAUUUUUGUAAACAUUUUUGAUAUGUGCAGCGAAGCGAAGAGUCGAACACUAAAACCACACACACACACACACCUACACACACAAAGAGAAAGACCACUAA